UUACCUACCCUUGAGUGAAUGAGUGAUACAGUCCAAUUAUUAUUAUUGAUUCAUCAGAUCAGUAUCAUCCCUCAUCGAUCGAUCUUUGCGAAUGUCAUCCAAAUUUUCCCUAUCAUUUCUGCGUAUUGCAUCAUUCUAUUAAUUUGCCCAUCAGCAUGAUUUUUUCAUUAUUACCCACUUCGCGCCUCGUCUAUGGGCCGUUCACUCGGUUGAGAUUCCUCAGCAGCGUUGCUCAAAAAGCUGAAACCAAGUCUGAAUUGCUCAUAAGCGAUAGUUGCGUGAAAAGAUUACAAGAAAUCGCCAAAGAUGGCAGUGCUCUCAGAGUAAUCAUUGAAGGAGGUGGUUGCUCAGGUUUCCAGUACAAAUUUGACCUCGAGGACCCGAAAAAUUUUACAAAUGAAGAUAGAAUAUUUCAAAAAGAUGGUGCCACAGUUGUAAUUGACGAAGUUUCUUUGAACUACGUUAAAGGUUCGACGAUAGACUAUCAAGUAGAGCUGAUUCGCUCGGCAUUCAGGAUCGUUAACAACCCUCUGGCAGACCAAGGCUGUUCCUGCGGUGCCUCUUUUUCAAUAAAAGUGUGAAAAUAUGUUUUUGAGUCAUUUUGUAUGAGUGAAUUUUCGCCUCAUCUUUGUCUUGUAGUUAGUUGUAAAUAUUUAAUUUUUGUCUGAAAAGUUGUAAAUACCUACCGUUUGUUACUUAUUUAAAAAUCAUCUUGUUUUUUCCAAAAA